CCCCACCGGAAGCCUUGCCCUCGUUAGCGGAAACGAGGCUGUUAGCUUCAGGAAACCCGCUGGUGGAAAAAAAGCUUUUCUUUCUGUAAUCAAACCUGCCCAGCACGGAGUCAAACACACACACUGGAGCUGCAACAAACCCCAGCCAAUGGAUCAUCGGAUUACAAUACUGAAUCUGUGGGUGGUCCGUCGAUAGCACGCCCCGGGUGCCGAGGCGCCGGGCCGGAACCAGAACCAGGCCCGGGCGGACGGACCGACGGACGGACAUAAUCAGCGCUGUGUUUUGCGACGCCGGCGGGCUGGUGUGUGAGUGCGAGUGUCGGAAUUGGCAUGCUGUCCAUAGGGGAAGUGUAAUGUGUAUCACCGUGACUUGCUGUCUGUAGCUGGGCAGCAAGUCUCCGGUACCGGUGGUCGAUGUAGAGGCUCUGAAGCUCGAGCAUGGGACAGCGAGCUAGCUCUACCGCUAGCUAACACCGGAGUUAACGGACAUCAACUUCUACUCGCAAAGUAUGAGCGGCAGACUUUGGUUUAGUGAAUGAAGAGGGGUUAAUUUACACGGUGUAACAUUUGUCAGUUGUUAGCUCUUUUAAAGGCCUGAUAAAUGUUUCUGGAGCGAGCACAGCAGUGUAGCUAAGUCGUUAGCUGCUAAGUUAGCCUGCCUCCACCGCCCCAAUGAAAGAGUACAAAGUUGUCGUGCUGGGCAGCGGCGGCGUCGGCAAGUCCGCGCUGACCGUCCAGUUUGUCACCGGCACCUUUAUCGAGAAAUACGACCCGACCAUCGAGGACUUCUACCGCAAGGAGAUCGAGGUGGACUCGUCUCCCUCCGUGCUGGAGAUCCUGGACACGGCCGGGACGGAGCAGUUCGCCUCCAUGAGGGAUCUGUACAUAAAGAACGGGCAGGGGUUCAUCCUGGUCUACAGCCUGGUCAACCAGCAGUCGUUCCAGGACAUCAGACCGAUGCGAGACCAAAUAGUGCGAGUAAAGCGCUUCGAGAAGGUGCCACUGAUCUUGGUCGGGAACAAGGUCGACCUGGAGUCCGAGCGCGAGGUCGCCGGGUCAGACGGACGAGCUCUGGCUCAAGAGUGGGGCUGCCCUUUUAUUGAAACCUCUGCCAAGAGCAAGACCAUGGUGGACGAGCUGUUCGCAGAGAUCGUCCGACAGAUGAAUUACUCCACGCUGCCUGAGAAGCAGGAACAGUGCUGCACAGCCUGCGUGGUGCAGUGAGGAAGAGAUGCAUCAUUUGUCUGGAUCACCACAAGCAUUUUGACGAAUCGUGGGAUAACCUGACUUUGACCCCUACUGACAAAAACUUUACCACAGCUGGUAAUGUUUCUGUUCACGGCGGUUUCUGACUGUCGAUCACAGAGCAUCUGACAGGAAAGACGUCAAUCCUAUUUUUGAUAUCAUAACUGUUAGAAGACAUUUCUGCUGCAACCUUAACGGCCUUUGCGAUGACCCAGGAUGGAGUCAGACACACGAACUUGGCCAUCUGUGAAACUUUCAUUUUUUUCUUUUCUUUUUUUCCUUUUUAGUCAGAAGUAUCCCAGAAAUAAUAAGCAGGAGUGUUUGUGAAGUUGCAGCUUCUUUUUAAAGCUGCUUUAAUCACUAUUAUAUACUUUAUUAUUACUUGUAUUAUGUCUCAAGUUUGGAAUUUGACAAAGUAUUUCAUAAUAUCGAAACAUUUUGACUUUUAAGCCUGCAUACUUUGACGAGUUAGCUGCCCAGGUAUACUGCUCGCUUUACUUUGAAAAUCUUGUCUAAAAUUGUUCUUCUAACUGACCCAGACUACAGCAGUUUGUAUUUUGAAGGUGUUUUUUUUUUACUUCAGGAAACUUAUACAGGAUAUAUGACGGUCACUUUAUCCACCAGAUCACUUUGCCACCCUGUUGUUCUCAAAAUUUUUUGUUAUCACAGUAGCGUGCAGCAGCCAAACUCAUCUAAAAACAUGCAUGCUCAAAAUUGAAAAUGUUCUACUAAAUCAACUUGAGGUGAUAAGGAAGAGCCAUUUUACUGUUUUUAGCCUGAAUUCUGUCGGUGUCUCUACAAGGCAUGAAUCGCGUGGACGCAGGUCUUCCAUUUUCAGUUUUCCCGAGGAGUCUCUGUGUAGGCGGGUGAUUUUGGAACGACCAAAGGAAGCUCAUCACAGUGCAUAUUUGUGUUUGACUACAUGAUGUGUGUUGCUUUAAAUCCAGGAGACGCUGAUUUCUUGUCAUUGAAUAACUCCCGCUGCAAUGUGGUUUGAUAAAAAGUUCUGGCACAGUUAAUCAGAUUUAACUUUGUAUUUUUCUUUUUCUUAUAGUAACCUAUUUAUUAAAAACUAAUGACAUGGGUAGCCAGUUUUAAACUUUUAAUUUUAUACUAGUUUUUUGCUUUUUGUGACUUUUCACGAUUCGUGCUAUAUUUGUCUUUUUUGAAGCUGAGAAUUUAACAGAGCCUUAAAUGAUUUCUGUUGCACCCUGGUCUCAUGGUUCUUUUUUUGUUUGUUUGUUUCCUGAAAGACAAACAGCUUUCAUUAUUUGGAAAUAAACAUGCUGGCCUUUC